UAGAAGCUUUCGCUUCCUAUCUGUGCAGCGCUAUGUCGUCGUUUUGAUUUUUGUUAAUUUGUAUCAUCGACCAUUGUCAGCAGUUGUUCAAUCAGUAUAUGACCGUUAUUGGACACGUAAAGACAUACAGAGAAUAUGCCAGAAAGACAGAAGAAUCAGGACCCAGUAUUCCUGCAGCUUAGCGAACUGGCUUCGGAAGGGAGUGGAGGUCGAAUCUGCUUCGCCACGGAUGAUUGGUUUGCCCCGGCCGAAUGGAUGCUGAAGGAUUCCGAACCGGUGUUCAUCCCAGAUAAGUACACCACCUACGGAAAAUGGAUGGACGGUUGGGAGACACGGCGUAAGCGCAUUGCAGGUCACGACUGGUGCAUAGUACGACUAGCCGCGCCGACCUCGAUCAAAGGCAUCCUGGUGGAUACGGCGCACUUUACUGGAAACUACGCGCCACAAUUCUCCAUUCAGGGCACUCGUCUGGAGCAAGGUGAAGAGGAACUGAUACCAGAACGUGGACCGGAGAUGAUCGGUACGGCCUGCAGUGAACAGGAUUUGAAACUGAUGUCCGCAUUGAAGAGCGACCAGUGGACAGAGAUCAUCGGAAUGACUCCACUGCAACCGGGCUACGAAGAGACUAGAAAGCAAUACUUCACCGUUGACAAAAGUAACGAAGUGUUCACCCAUCUGAGAGUAAAUAUGUACCCGGACGGGGGAAUUGCUAGAUUGAGGGUGUUCGGGGAGGUCCAACCGGAUUUGAACGCUCUCAAGAAGUCCCAAAUCGAUCUGAUUGGCGUUCUGAAUGGAGGCCAAUGUUUGAGCUACUCGAACGCCCACUACGGACAUCCUCGAAACUUGAUCAAGCCAAACCGAGGCAUCAACAUGGGCGAUGGCUGGGAAACUGCCCGUAGACUUGAUCGUCCGGCGAUUCUCAAGACGGACGAAAACGGAAUUCUUCAGGUGCCAGGUUGUGAGUGGGCCAUUUUCAAACUAUGCUCGAAGGGAUCGGUGGAAAGUAUUCUCGUGGAUACUAAUCAUUUCAAAGGAAACUUCCCGGACAAUGUGAAGAUAGAGGCAGCUCUUCUGGAUGAUAAAGAAACUCUGCAAUCGGCUCAAUGGAAGGUAGUAUUGAAUAACACUAAGCUAUCGGCGCAUAAAGAGCAUGUGUUCAGAGAGGAAAUGCUACAAUAUAAGGGACCGUGUACUCAUGUGAGAAUUACAAUGGCACCGGACGGAGGCAUAUCACGGGUUAGACUGCUGGGAAAAGUACUGUGAGAUGAGGAAAUAAACAACUGAUGCUGCAUA